AUGAGUGUUGAAGAGGAGAGAAAAAGAUGGAGCCGGCCAUCUAGUUCAUACUACCGGGAUAUAACCAACUCAGCAAUUGAUACAAGCAAUCAAACAGGGCAACAAAGACCAGGUAGUAAACGUGCAUUUGCUGCAGAAGCAGCCUUCACGUUAUUGGAAAAAGGUAUCGAUUGUUAUAAGAAUGGCAAAGCAACAGCGGAUAAAGCUUUAUCCCCGCCGAGUCGAGUCGGAUCGGUAGAUUUGACGGAAGAUGAGAUAUCGCAUAUAGCCUCGAUGGCAGAUUCAGCAGCCGCAGACGAAGAAGAAGAAAAAGAAGGAGGAGCAAGAGCCAAAAACGGAAGCUUGUCCAAAUUUGGAACGAGUAGUCAUUUUGCCGAUAGGGUAAUUCAGAAGCUUUUGAAGUCUACAUUACCUCCAGAAAUACCCGAGAGAGAAAUUUUUGAAAGACGAUUGAAUGAUCCAGAGAGAAAUAAACGACCAGGCUUGUCGGUUCCUACGUUGGCGUCAAAUGUGAAACAUUUGGCGGGUAAGAUGUCCAGUUUUUUUGCUUUGCAAUACGAGUUGAUCAACAUUGUUGCCUGGAAACAACCAAACAAGACUAUUAGUGUGUUGGUGUUGUAUACCGCAGCUAUUUUAUGGCCCCAUUUGAUUAUUACCUAUCCACUACUCUUUGUUUUGUUUGGUAUAUUGAUCCCCGGCUACGUGCAUCGUCAUCCCCCAAGAAGACCAAAACUAAUCAAGGUCAAGAAAAGAGGCCAGUCUUUAUUCAACUUUUUAAAUGCCGCUUCUGAAAGUAGUAUUGUAGAAGAUAUGGUAGACACUGAAUAUUUAGAAGAAGACGCUGAGAUUGCAUCAACCUCGGGUUAUUCAGUAGUUUCAGAAGCCACAACAUCCACAAAAGUAGCAGAGUCAGGACAUACAAGUAAAAGAGAGUUGGCAAGACGGAGAAAAUCAAAUUUGGACCUUCUUAUCAAUUUGAGAGAUUUUCAAAAUUUGACAUCAGAUUUGUUGAAGGGAAUUGAUAAGUGGAAGAUUUUUUAUUACGAAACCGCUGGCUUCAAGGACGAAAGAUUGUCGACAUUUAUUUUCUAUGGUGUUUUGAUUGCAACCUUUGCAACUUUGUUUUUUGGACAAUUUAUUCCGUGGCGAUUAAUUUUCAUUCAAGGUGGUUGGGUUGGGUUAAUCUUGUGCCAUCCAAAUAUCAAGAAGUACUUGGUGGAUAUGAGUACCACCAGAAAAGAAAGAGCAAAAUUAGCCAAGGUGAAAGCAGAGAUGGAAGCAGAAAAGGAACAAGGAAAACAAAAAGAACAAAAAGAACAAAAAGAAGAAGGGAAACAAAGCGAUACCAAUGCCUCUUUGAAUAAAGAUGCAAAAGAAACGCAAAUGCAAGUACAACUACAAAAUUUUGUUACCAAGUUUGACAGAAAUGACAUCAUUGUUGAUGAUCCACCAGAGGUGAGAAUAGUUGAAGUUUACGAAUUACAAAUUAAGAGCAUUUUGAAACAACAGUGGAGCUUUUAUCGAUAUUCAAAUACGCUAUAUGACAAAACAAACAAGCACAGAUUGUCUGGUAAACGUCCACUUGGUGUAGAGUACCUUUCCAAGGUUUAUCCGCCACAUGAGUGGAAGUUUGAUACAGAGUUUGUCAACAAGUGGAUUCUUGAUAAGAAUCCAAAGAACUUUAUUAAGAGUAGAUCGUUGAAUCCAGAGCUAUUUAGAGUUAGGAGUAACGAAGACGAGGGAUGGAUUUAUGACAAUAUGAAAGACGUCGUACACCUGGAAAUUGUGUACGAGUUCAGAAGGAGGCGGUUGUAUAGAGAAUGUUUUCGAUAUGGGAAACCUCACAAAGGUUUCAAAAGAUAG